CUUCACAGUUUGAAGGCAAACCAAAAUGAGCUUGAUAGUCAUGUGUGUCAUAGCUUUUGUGGUGAUAGCCAUCAGCAAAUGGUGGUACCGAUGGUCAAACCCCAAGUCUAAUGGAAAGUUACCACCGGGAUCGAUGGGUUUUCCGAUUAUCGGAGAGACCAUCGACUUUAAGCCUCAUGGAUUCUACGAGAUCUCACCCUUUAUCAAGAAGAGGAUGUUAAGGUACGGGCCUUUGUUUAAGACCAACAUAUUUGGAUCCAACACCGUGGUUGCGACGGAUCCGGAUGUGAUCUUUGAGAUUUUUCGGCAAGAGAACAAGUCUUUCGUGUCUAGCUAUCCGGACGGUUAUCGUAAGGUCUUUGGAAAAGGUAGCUUGUUAGUCAAACAUGGGGACCUCCACAAGCGGACCAAACAAAUCACUAUGCAACUUCUAGGCUCCGAAGGAUUGAAGAGAAAUAUGAUAGGAGAUAUUAAUCAUGCCAACCGCGAGCUUCUUAGGUCAGCAGCUAGCCAAGGAACAUUUGAUGCUAAAGACACACUCACGAGCUUGCUAUUAGGGAUCUUGAUCCCGAAGAUGCUGAGUAAAAUCCAACCAGAGACAGAAAGAAAUCUUAUGGACAAUAUUAAGGGCUUCAAUUUUGACUGGUUUCGAUCAUUUUGCGCUCUUUCUCCCUGGAAAGCUUUCUACAAAGUCAUUAUGGCACGUAGAGCUGCGAUGCAGGUGAUGAAUGACAUUUUCUCUGCAAGGAAAGAGUCAGGAGAGAGACAUGGAGACUUCCUCGACACACUGCUGGAAGACGUCAUUUUUGACGAAAACUCGGCUUUACAGCACAUCUUUACUCUUCUAGUCGUAGCUAAAGAUGCUACCACAUUAGCCAAUUGCUUGAUCGUGAAACUCAUUGCCCAAAACCCUAAGGUUCUCGCAGAAUUGAAGAGAGAACACAACGCAAUCCUUCAAAACAGAGCAGAUAAAAAGGCUGGAGUUAGCUGGGAAGAACACAAACAUAACAUGAAUUUCACCAACAUGGUGAUCAAUGAGAGUCUUCGACUGAUGAAUCUGAGUCCUAUAAUGUUCAGAAAGGCUGUAAAAGAUGUCGAAAUCCAAGGUUACACAAUCCCGGAGGGUUGGAUUGUGGCGGUUGCACCUUCAGUGGUUCAUUAUGAUCCUAAAAUAUAUGAGAACCCAUCAGAGUUCAAUCCAUGGAGAUGGGAGGGGAAAGAUCUGGUGAAGGGGUCAAAGUCGUUUAUGGUGUUUGGAGGUGGAUUACGACAGUGUGUAGGAGCAGAGUUUGCCAGGCUUCAGAUUGCAAUCUUUCUUCACCAUCUUGUCACCAACUACGAUUUCUGGGUGGCCCAAGACUGGGAGGUCACUCGUACACCAAUCCCUUUAUUCCCCAAGGAAAUUAUGAUCAACAUCUCCCAGUCUCACACCAACUAGUUACUUGGAGAGAUUCAUGCUGGUCCAGUUAUAUUAUUAAUUUUUAGAUAAAUAAGCCUACCUUUGAUAUUAUAUCUAAUAACGAAUUGGCAAUAAAAUAAUUUGUCUAA